UCUAAACCCUAUGACGACCUCUUCUAUUUUUAUCCGUAUUUACAAGUUAUUAUCUCAACUUUUUGCUAAGGUUUUCAAUCAUAUUUCUUUUAACAUUCUCCUUAGUUUCUGAACCUACCCUCAUCGGGUCUCCAAGGAGCCAAGAAAGAACUGCUUUCUCGGCUUCUCGGAGUCUCACCAUCCUCUGUUUUCACCAUUUCUUCAUCCACACGCAAUCUCUAAAUCCAAACCUAACCCUAAAAAAUGGACUCCACGGAGCUGAAACGUGUGUUCCAAAUGUUCGACAAGGACGGAGACGGUCGGAUCACACAGAAGGAGCUAAACGAGUCAUUCAAAAACCUCGGGAUCAUAAUCCCCGACAACGAGCUGUCGCAGAUGAUCGAGAAAAUCGAUGUGAACGGAGACGGCUGUGUUGACGUUGAAGAGUUUGGAGAGCUUUACAAGUCUAUAAUGCUCCAAGGCGAGGAUGAGAUAGGAGAUGAAGAUAUGAAGGAAGCGUUCAACGUUUUCGAUCAGAACGGUGAUGGGUUUAUUACGGUGGAUGAGUUGAAAACGGUCUUGUCUUCCUUGGGACUCAAGCAAGGUAAGACCUUGGAGGAGUGUAGGAAGAUGAUAAUACAAGUGGAUGUUGAUGGUGAUGGUAGGGUUAAUUACAAGGAGUUUAGACAAAUGAUGAAGAAGGGUCAGAUCUUAGCUCAAUGAGCUGAUGAUUUUAUGAUUGUUUGUUUAUAUUUUUUUUGGCUUAUUUGUGUUAACCUUUUUUCUCUCGCAUUCUAGAAGGAAAUAUCACAUGAACUGAGUUUGUUUUAUAGUGUCUAGGUUUGCGAGAGCACAUUGUAAAAAUUGUUGCUAAUUUUAUACGACGCUAUAGGUGGGUUAUAUGAGAAAACUCAACAUUUUCAAAUGGGUUAACACAGAUUUUGAGAAAAUUUCAAAAAAUAUAAAGUAUUGUUUUAAUGCAUAGUUGCAUCAUUCUCUAACAUAUAAUGAGGUUCAAAGAAGUUUAGAGCCUUUGUUGUCUCUAUUUUUCAAGAGAAUAGCGAUUUAAUAAUGGUUAUUCUACCGAUUUAUGGAGUAUUAUGAACUUUUACUAAAUUAAUUGAU